CGAAAUUAAUAUAAAAAAAUAAUAAUAAUUUUAUCGCGAUUCGCGGACGUCGUUUUGUCGUAUUUCGAGCGAAAAUAAUGACAAUUCAGUUGUGCGCUUGACUAGUGAUUACCUCCCAUCUAUUUUCAGUCCUAGGUACCUUCGGCAUCGCAAAUCAUUCAGUCUAAAAAAUAUAUCACCGAAAAUUAUUUAACGGAUUUCAAUAGAUGCGAGGCGAAACGAUAUAUUCGAUAAGUUCAUUUGCGGCGAGGAAAAUGCGUAAAUAAAAGCGCGAGUGCGUGAAAAUCGUCCGUUUAAAGGUAUUUUGUGUUGCAAUAACCAGCUGAUGGCGGGCGAAAAUACGGGAAUGGCUUGGCAGUUUAGUGAUCGCACAUCUAAAACAGUUUUUAUGUGAUUUCCGAUCGGCAGGCUCGCGUUUUUUGACUAAUACCAGUGCGAUUGAUUCGAGAUCAACGAAAAAAUUUCCAUAAAAUCGAACCAGUUGAUAUAAUUGGGCGUGCUCUGAAGUAUUAAGGCACACACCUUGUGGCUUGUCAUUGAUAUUUAGCAAUCAUUCAUAAAUUUCUGGACCUAUAAAUAUACACACUAAACGAUGCGUUUGAAAUUCCGUGCAAUUUGACAAAACGAAAAUUUGAUGUACUUAGUGAAAUGCAGAGCGAUCUCGUACAGACCCCUUUGUAAAUAGUGUUUGCUUGUUGAAUUGUAAUCGUUUUUUGUUGUUGCUGGGAUAAAGUUUCUUGAAUACUGCUAGCACGAUGUCGACGACGACGACGACGUUCGUCGAUAGAAUCGAUCCUUUCGCCAAAAGGUCGCUCAAGAAGAAGACCAGGAAAUCACAGGGAAGCUCCAGAUAUCGAAACUCACAAGACGUCGAACUCCAACAGCUACCUCUUCUUAAAGAUGUACCAGCAUCGGAACAAGAAGAUCUAUUCAUUCGUAAACUUAGGCAAUGCUGCGUGGCAUUCGAUUUUAUGGACCCCGUCGCCGAUUUGAAGGGCAAAGAGGUAAAAAGAUGCACUUUGAACGAACUGGUCGAUUACAUAACGGGCGGAAGGGGUGUUCUUACCGAGCCCGUUUAUCCGGAAAUUAUUAAAAUGAUAUCCGCAAACUUAUUUAGAACUUUACCACCGAGCGAAAAUCCCGACUUUGAUCCCGAAGAGGACGAUCCGACAUUGGAGGCGAGCUGGCCCCACCUGCAGCUCGUCUACGAAUUCUUCCUCAGAUUCUUGGAGAGCUCGGAUUUCCAACCGACAAUAGGCAAACGCGUCAUCGACCAGAAAUUCGUCCUGCAGCUGUUAGAAUUGUUCGAUUCGGAGGAUCCGAGGGAGCGCGACUUCCUCAAGACCGUGCUGCACCGCAUCUACGGGAAAUUCCUCGGCUUGAGGGCGUUUAUUCGAAAACAAAUUAACAAUAUAUUUUUGAGGUUUGUGUACGAGACUGAACAUUUCAACGGAGUCGGCGAGCUUCUAGAAAUCUUAGGUUCCAUAAUCAAUGGGUUCGCGUUACCUCUUAAGGCUGAACACAAGCAGUUCCUGGUGAAGGUUUUGAUACCGUUGCACAAGGUGAAAUGCCUGUCGUUAUACCACGCUCAGUUAGCCUAUUGUGUUGUACAGUUCUUAGAAAAGGAUCCGACUUUAACGGAACCUGUGGUAAAGGGUCUACUUAAAUAUUGGCCGAAGACGUGCAGUCAAAAGGAGGUGAUGUUUUUGGGCGAAAUCGAAGAGGUUUUGGACGUGAUCGAACCGUCGCAGUUUCUGCGAAUUCAGGAACCGUUGUUUAAGCAAAUCGCCAAGUGCGUUUCCAGUCCACAUUUCCAAGUAGCAGAGCGGGCUUUGUACUUUUGGAACAACGAGUAUAUCAUGUCGCUGAUGGAGGAGAACAAUCACGUGAUCAUGCCGAUCAUGUUUCCCGCUUUAUAUCGCAUCUCGAAAGAGCAUUGGAACCAAACCAUCGUGGCUUUGGUAUACAAUGUACUCAAGACAUUCAUGGAGAUGAAUUCCAAACUGUUUGAUGAACUUACGGUCAGUUACAAGGCUGAAAGACAAAAGGAGAAAAAACGGGAAAAAGAGCGAGAUGAACUUUGGAAGAAAUUAGCCGAACUCGAGAUAAAUCAUAACAAGAAUACGUCUGCACAAAACAAUAACAGCCCAUCCAGCAAAAAGUGAUAAUGUUAAAUUUUUAAAUCAGCCUAAAUAUCACCCCCAUUCACCGCCCCUUACCCCCCAAUUGCCCUUUUUUCCGUUAAUUGUUCGCUGGUAAGUAAAGACACCAUGUGCAGAUGACCAUUCACCAUCUUAUCAUUUUUGGAGCAUGCUUCACAACACCAGAAACAUAUUUAAAUAUUAAUUAUUAAAUAUUAAAAUAUAUAAAUAAAAUGUCCUCGAUAAUUACACUUUCGUUCUUGCACUGAUUUGUGUAUUGAACUUUGAUGUAAAAAUAUUUUAUUGUAACUAAAACAAAAAAAAAACAACUAGUCUAUUAUUUUGUGAAUUGUAUAUUUAAAUUAUUUUAUAAGUUUUUUUUUUGUAAAAAAAUUUAUCGCAUUAAAAUAAUAGAUUGAGUGGAAGGUUUUUUCGAUUAUGAUGCAUUCGAUGGAAUUUCGCCGUUAAUUUUUCUCCAUUUUUGCUUGAUUUAGGAGUAUUGAUCAGUCAAAUUUGGUACAUUUUUUUGGUCCCAUUAGGGUGAUUUGUUUAGAGUACAAACCAUAGGAAGCCUGUCAGAGAUUUAUCAUUGAAAUUCCGGGCUAUUUUAAUCGUUGUUCGUCAUAGUUAGUUAGAAUAUUAGGUAUUAUUCAUAAAUGGAGAUUUGUAGCGGCGAAAGUUUGAAAUUUGCACGGAAACAAAGGAAAGAACUACUGUAUUUUGUUUAAGGUUUUUGUUUUUUAAUUUUUUGGUGUAGUGACAUAUUUCAUUGUGCAUCGUGUCCGAGAAUAGAGAAGAUUUUACAUAACUCUAGAAGCAACGGAUGUGUGUAUAGUUAAAUAAAAAAAUUAUAAAAAUAACAGUGAAUAUUAUAACAAAUAAAGACUAUCGUAAAAAUAUUGCUAUCAAGUUAAACCUGUAAAUAACUAAAGUACCGUGGUUACAGAUUGUGUUACAAAUGCGGUUGGUUAUAUUUAUUUAUUUUAUUGCGCAGUCAUGGAAAUGUCCGGUAAAUUGUAGCUAAUUUUCGUCGGAGGGCCGGCAUGUUACAAAAUAUUACGGGAUAAAUGCUAUUUAUGGUGUCAAAAAAACACACUUUGUAUUCUUUUUGUUUAUGUAAAAACACGUUCGAAGCCGAGCGGAGCAAAAUAAUUUGUUACCUACUAAUUACUUUUUUAAAAUAUACAAAAACUCACGCAUUAAUUUUAUAAUUUGUUAUCAAUUUUUUUUACUAACCAUUCACUUUAUUGCUAUUUCAGAAGCUCCUCUCGGUUUGAAAAUAUCGUGUGUUAUUCUGCACAUUCUUCGCUCUUUCCGUAUAUUAUUCCGAAACGAUAUUUUUUAAACAUUUUUCCGCAUACUUUCCACCCGAAUUAUAAUGUAAUGAAUAAAAGCUUGACGAGUUGGCUAAUGUUUGUAUAUCUAAGGGAAUCUAAGUUACUUAGACUGAAAGCGCUGUAAAUAAAUUGGGCAAGAAGCGUCGUUAUUUUAUCGAGUAUUAAAAGAAUUGUCUUAAACCAGUAAUGAAUUGUUUUAAGCACGUUCGAAGUAGUAGCACGUCGACUGUGUUUGUUUUUUCUUAAAAAAAAAAUGAAUUUAAAAAUGAAUAAAAUGUAACAUGUGAUAAAAGUUCGUUUUCUUUUCUCUAUACACUUGCGGAAAAUCGGCUGCGAAAUUUUCUCGAAAAAUCCCGCUGGAAAUUAAAUUUUGUAUGCAACAUUCAGUACAGGGAUAGAUGAAUCGCAAUCGCAGCGCUUUUUCUGGAUUUCUCUACUGUAAAUGUACAGAUAAGUGCAAGUUUGUACGCAAUAUUGAAGACAACUUUCAUUAGUCUCACAGUGAGUGAAGAAAUUGCAAUGAGUUGACCCUAUUUGCACUUUUCUGUAUAAGUUUCCGGUUCACCUUUGCGUUUCCGACAAAAAUUCUUGUAAUGUGUGAAUACCUUUGGAACAUGUAACAGACAUUUUUGUUAUCGAUAAAACGAGUGUAAGGGUUUCUCCAGUCCUUUUGUAAACCAUUGUUAACCACAGUAAUUAUGUAUGUGCUGCAGCGCAAUUUUGCAAUUGCGCUGUAACACUCGUCGCUACGUAAUUUGAAUUCGAAGUCUGUUUCAAAUCGCGCAAUUAAUUUUACCUGUUAUGGCCUAACGCUAACUGGCUGCGUCAUUCCGUUUUAAAUGUGCGCGUGAAAAGAGUCGAUUAACUGUUGGAAGUUUGCUUCAAAAUGUCUUUUAACUAUUGCACCGUUCGAUGUCCGUUGUGAAAUUAGUGCGUUUUACAAAUAGAAUUAUUUAGGCCUAUGUUUCUCAUAAUUUCAUGCCCAUUCGAAGCGCAAGUUACGUAGCCGUGGAAGUUGUUUAUGUAUAUACGCAUAUAAUAGUGCCAGUUCACUACCAAAACUUUAAAAAGAGCACUCUUUAAGUUCACUUAGAAGAAGCUUAUAGAAGAGAAUUAUAGCAAAUUGUGUUUUAAAUAGAUUAUUAAGACCGUUAAGGUAUAGCAAGGGAGCUCAAAAUUUCCAAACAAUCGAGUAAUCGUAUUCAAAAAGCUAGUCCUGAUAAAUUGGAAAUUUUAUUGCGACCGAAUAACGCAUUGUAUCAGGCAGGUUUGUGUAAAAUUUUCAAUUACAAGUUGUAUGGGAUUCAAGGAGGCGUGUUGGAAUGUAUGCAAUCGAUGCGUUUUGGGAAGUUAUUGAAAGCUGUAUAAUUAAUUACUAAUUACUUGUAAUUGCUGUGAUGCAAGAUGUGAUAGAGUAUCAUGUGUUUGCUUCAUCAACAAGGACUAGCUCUGUUGAAUAAACCGCGUACGAUGUAUACCUUACUUUUUGCUACUAACUGAAAUGUAAGGGUCCUACAGUUGGUCUCACCCUCAUUAGAAUUAAAAAGUAUGUAAAAUAUAUUUAAUAACUAAACAACUAUGAAUCUUGUAGAUAUAUGAAAAAUAUAUUGUUAAAUUUCUAUUGUUUUUCUUAAAAAAAUAAAAGGGUUAUUUUUAUGUAGAUAAUUUAGUGCAGAGUGUUUUGUAUGAUAGAAUUAUACGUCUGAGAUAAAUAUAGCUUAGGUAUAUUAUUGUAUUAUUUAUGUACGUUUCAUGCCAUAUACUUUUUUUUAAAUGUUAGAGAACCAUUGAAAUGCUCUGCAACUAAAGAACACACAACUGUGAGCUAAGUUUUAUUUUGUUGUUGAAUUACGUUUUUUUAAGAUUAUUGUGAAUGUAAAAUGCAAAUCGGUGAAAUUUUUGACUUUCAUAAGAUCUACUAUUAUGAGAAUUAUAAUCUCU